AUGGCUGGUAACAGUCACAUGCGAGAAGUUGACUCAGAUUUGCUUAUUUUAAAUGAGAGGCUCAAAAGUUAUAUAAAUGAGGGCAUGGAUAAUGUUAUCAGUGUGGCACAGAAUGUUGCAGAUUAUUGCAGCGAUAAUGAGAAACUCAAGCAGGAGGUGAAGGAUAUCAUGAACAGCUUUAUUGAGAUGGAGCGUCAGACAGGGCAGUAUGUCCAGGCAUUGAAACACCUAAAAUCUGUGGAUGUGGACUCUGAAGAGAACUCUGAACUGUUGACUGUGUUCAAAGAAAAACUCAAGCAAAUUCAAGUCAUUGAGCAAGAUAGUCCAGAGAAUCACCCCAAGUAUGUCACACUGGAAGGGCAGCUGACUGAUUUAGGAAACAUUGAGGAGCAGUUGGAAUGUUUGAGAGCCAGGUUAGGAGGAGCAACAGAUGAUGAGGAGGUGGCAAUGACAUCAGUAGAGAUCCAGAUCAAGUGCCCAUUCACGGGUCAGACUAUGGUUCAGCCGGUGCGCAAUAAAGUUUGUAACCAUGUCUAUGACAGGGAUGGUAUUCUCUCCUAUAUUAACAGCAGGAAAGCCAAGGCGAAGUGCCCGGUUGGUGGUUGUACUAAUAGCAACCCUAUCAGAUUAGAGAACCUAGAAGACCAUAUGGACAUGAAGAAAUACAUUACACUCUUGAGAAAGCUACAUCGGGAAUGA